GUGUGUGUGUGCGUGAGAGAGAGAGAGAGUGUGUGCGUGAGAGAGAGAGAGAGUGUGUGUGAGAGAGAGAGAGAGAGAGAGAGAGAGUGUGUGUGUGUGAGAGAGAGAGAGAGCGAGUGUGUGUGUGUGAGAGAGAGAGAGUGUGUGUGUGUGAGAGAGAGAGAGUGUGUAAGAAGUGGAGGGUGAGCAAAUCACGGCUAUCGGUUUGUCUUGAAGAGAAAACACAGAUUCAUAUAAGAAGAAUAUAUAUUUCCUUUUUGACUCGACUUGCAUCAUAUGAGCGUCUUAUCUAAAGAUUAAUCAUAUGAAAGGAAAACGAGCUGAGAACAACAGCGGCAUCUCUGUUGGAAUCAUGGUGAAGGAAAAACACCCUUGGUGGAUUUUGGAUCCUGAGGACUACCUUGUGCACAUCAAUGUGGGUGGCAUGAGGCACCAACUGUGCUCAAGCAUGCUGAAGAAAUAUCCAGAGACCCGCCUUGGCCGACUCUUGUCCUGUUGCUCAGAGAAUGAUAUUCUACAGGUCUGUGAUGACUUCGAUGGCCAGCUGAAAGAGUAUUACUUCGACCGGAACCCUGGUCUUUUCCAUUAUGUCCUGCACUUUUACCAGACUGGCAAGCUGCAUAUUAUGGAGGAGCUGUGCAUUUUCUCGUUCACUCAGGAAAUAGAGUACUGGGGCAUCAGUGAAUUCUUUCUGGACUGUUGUUGUAGUUAUCGGUACCUUGAUCGUAAACUGGAGAACCGGCAUAAAAGCUGGGAUGAGGAGAGUGAUGUGAGCAGUGUGGAUACGUCUGUUGAUGAGAUAUCUGACCUUAACAAGGAUAUGCAGCACUUUCAUGAAAGGCGUUUUGGGAACAUUCUUAAGUGUCUUUGGCUAACAUUAGAAAAUCCAGGUUACUCAAUCCCUAGCAAGCUCUUCAGCAUACUUUCCAUUUGUGUGGUGUUAAUAUCAAUCGCCACCAUGUGUAUUAACAGCAUUCCAGAAUACCAGAAAUUUGAUGAAAAUGAUAAUCCAAUUGAGGACCCAACGAUGCAAGCUUUGGAAGUGUUCUGCAUCUGCUGGUUUACUUUUGAGGUUGUGACACGUAUGCUUCUGGCUCCAAACCGUCGGAAGUUCUUCCUGCUACCACUAAACUUGAUUGAUAUUGUCUCAGUGAUGCCCAUCUACAUGACACUGUUUUUUGAUCUGGUCAUUGGGAGUGAGUCAGAGCUGGGCAACUUGGGGAAACUGGUCCAGGUGCUGCGGCUGAUGAGAAUCUUCCGGGUGCUGAAAUUGGCCAGACACUCAACGGGGUUAAGGUCACUAGGCGCUACACUACGGCACAGCUACAGAGAGAUUGGCAUCUUAUUGCUGUACCUGGCAGUGGGCGUGUCCGUGUUCUCUGGAAUGGCUUACACUGCAGAAUAUGAGGAGGAUGUUGGUUUGGACACAAUCCCAGCUUGCUGGUGGUGGGGCACAGUCAGUAUGACAACAGUGGGAUAUGGAGAUGUAGUGCCAGUGACAGUAGCAGGAAAGCUGGCAGCAUCUGGAUGCAUCUUGGGUGGCACCUUAGUCGUGGCACUACCCAUCACCAUCAUUUUCAACAAGUUUUCACAUUUUUACCGCAAACAAAAAGCUCUUGAGGCUUCGGUGAGAAAUAGCAACAAGAAGAGGCUUAAGAUUAGACAGCAGGAAAUGAAUACAGACAGAGCAAUACAUGGACACUGUUCGGAGGAUGACCAGGAGGAGGAUGAAGAUAUGAAUUAUGAGGAAGGAGUUGUGAACUACUGCUAUGAAGACCAUCCACUGCCAAAUACAGUCUGAUGUGUCGAAACUGAUUAUAAGGUUUUGCCAAGUACUAAAGUUUGUACUUUGCUCUGCAAAGAUGUGUCAAUCAUAAUAGAGGCCGUCAAAGUCUUAAUGGAGAAGAAGCUGCAAAACGGAGUGUUUGAGCCAGAGAGCCAGAGGCCGGGAAACGUCAUUUAAUACUAUGAUUAAAAUGAGUAAAUAAAUCCACAUCAUGACUCAGUUGACGCAGCAGUUGUGUUAGUGUUGCUCCUAUCUACAAUGUAAACUAUACUGCACAGAUAAUGUAUUAUAUAAACCUGUGUUGUCCAUACAUACUAAUACAAACCAUUUAAAUGACAUGCUCUUGUGUGUCAUUUAUAUGAGACAACCAAAGACAGGGCUGUACGCUUACUGGUGAUAGUGAACACAACUAUUCAAAAGGUAUAAGCUAAGAUAAAGAUUUCAUCGAAACUUUACUAUCAAUGUGUAGUUUCACAAAUAGGCUACUUAUACAUAGUGCAGAAAGUGAACACAUGCAAUAAAAAUAUUCCGUUUAUGGCUGUGCAGUUAUUUGAAAAGUGAAAUCGCAAAACAGCCUAAUGCAAUUAUUUAACCCCCAAAGGGCUGUAAUGUCUUUGCACUCAUGUUUAUAUAGUCUGCAAACAAACUACAUAUAGUCUAGGCACGCAUGGGGCUCAUGAUGCCGUGUGUUCAGCUGCUUCAGAAAACUUCAUCAUCUCAGGAGGUGUUCUGUGUUUGGUAGACUUGAGAACACAGAGUGCUUAAUAUCACUUUAUUUGCACUUUCAUGUGAUUCCAAGUGCACAUAUGUGGAAAAUGGGACAAUAUUGACUCAAACGUUGAAAAUACAUGUUAGUUAUUUAGAAUCAUUUUCAACAUUAACACAUCUGUUGGUCAUUUCAACUCAUUUUAAUAUAAAUGUUGUUAUAUUUUAUUUUAUCACUGUACA